AUGUCAACAAAAGCUGAACUCGUUACUUCAAUCGACGAAGAAUUUAACGGUGAAGCCGACUCUUUCGACACUAAUACCUCACCAACUACUACCACUACCACUACCUCUACAACAACAGUAUUGAAGGUCAAGAUCACGGACCAAGACAAGGAGGCGCUGCAUGCGAGCUUUGAGAAGUUAGAUAGUAGCAAGUUUUGGAUGCUGCAGGCGACAAAAAUGGAGGCAGAGCGCCAAGGCAGCAGGGCUGAAUCAGUCAAGGAGAAGGCGAUGAGCUUCACCUUGUUAUACAACUACUAUGUACCAGUUUCAUAUAAAUGUGUUUAA